AUGGCUGCUUCUAUUCCCACCGCUGCUCAGAAUGCGGCCGCUCUCGACCACUUCAUCUACCUGCCCGUCUCACAGGACAUGAUUGCAUACCUUGCCCACAAGGCAUCUCAAGUCAUCCGCUGCGAGGGUCAAUCAGCUGCCAGCAAGCGACUUCCUCCUACGCCCCCGACAACACCGCCACAGCACUCAUCCGAAGCGCAGAUCCCCACACUGGAACAAUUCAUCACCAACCUGGUCGAUCGUUCUCACGUGCAGGUCCCGACGCUGAUGACUUCGCUGGUAUUCCUUGGCCGACUUCAACAGCGACUGCCUCCAGUUGCCAAGGGUAUGAAGUGCACUGGUCACCGCAUCUUCCUGGCUUCCCUGAUCCUGGCUGCCAAGAACUUGAACGACUCUUCACCCAAGAACAAGCACUGGGCUCGUUACACGACCGUCGCCGGCUUCGACAACUUCGGCUUCAGCUUGACUGAGGUGAACCUCAUGGAAAAGCAACUUCUCGGCCUGCUUGAAUGGGACCUAAGGGUAACUGAGGAGGAUCUCUACCACCACUUCGAGCCUUUCCUUGCCCCCAUCCGC